UACAAGCACUGCUGGCAGAGGAGAGCUAGUUUCAUGUCUCUGUCUAGAGCGUCACUAUUGUACAGUGAAUAAGUUCAUAGACCUUUAAACCUUUAAAACAUGGGAGGGAAGAAUAAACAGCGAACAAAAGGAAAUGUUCGGCCAUCUAGCAGUGGCAGGGCCGCAGAGCUGCUGGCGCGAGAGAGGGGGUCAGUGCCUGGGUUUGUGGGGUUCAGCACGUCAUCAGCUGACCUGGGCUACGUCCCUGCGGUGCACGGCGUGGAGGAAAUUGAUAGUCUUGUGGAUGCUGAUUUCCGCAUGGUUUUGCGUAAACUCUCAAAAAGGGACACCGUUACAAAAUUAAAGGCAGUGCAAGAGUUUGGGGCAAUGUGCAAAGAGAGAGAUUCGGAGAUUGUGAAAGGUGUUCUGCCUUACUGGCCCAGGAUAUACUGCAAGAUAUCAGUGGAUCAUGACCGGCGUGUUCGUGAAGCCACACAGCAGGCUUUUGAACAGCUCAUUCUGAAAGUGAAGAGGAAUCUGGCCCCUUACUUGAAAAGCAUCAUGGGACACUGGUUAAUUGCACAGUGUGAUACUUACUCCCCUGCAGCAUCAGCUGCAAACCUCGCAUUUCAAGCUGCUUUUCCAAUAGGCAAGCAAUCGGAGGCUCUAGCCUUCUGCAAGGAAGAAGUCCUGAAUAUUCUUCAAGAUAACCUUCUGAAGGAAACUCCGGAUACACUCAGUGAUCCUCAAAGUGUUCCAGAAGAAGAAAGAGAAGCUAAGUAUGCCCGCCUGGUUACCAGCUCCCUUUUAGCUGUAAAGAAGCUUCUCGUCACACUGCCCAAGCAAGAAAUUGACUGUCUGACGGAGAGGCUGACUCAGCUCAUAUCGCAAAGCAAGUUCUGGAAAUACAGCAAACACAAAACCUCACAGAUCCGGGGGGCUUUCUUCGAAGCUGUGACCGCUCUGUGUGAACGGACCCCAGAGCUGAUCCAGAACGAAGGUAGCCGGGCCUGCCCUGCAGUGCUGCUGAGCAUCGAUGACACUGACCCUGUGGUUGUGCCUUCUCUGUGGGAGGCAGUUCUUCACAUCAUUACUAACAUCCCCGACUGCUGGAAUUAUGUUAACUCAAAGAAAGGUUUUUUGCCAAAAUUGUGGCUUUUGCUCAAAGAAGGAGGCAAAGGCUUAGCCACAGUCUUACAUCCCAACCUUCUGCCUUUCAUUAGUAAAUUACCCAGUGAAGUCAUCGACCCCAAACUAGAAUUUUACAACACAUUCUUCACUUCCAUUAUCCUUGGGUUAUCAAGCGAGCGUGCUGUGGUCAGUCCCUCUGAGAGUGCUGCCAUUGUUUUCGCCACAAUGGAGUGCCUUCGUUUUAGUCUUCUGCAGAACUGUAGUGAGGAGGAGGAGAGUCGUAAAAUCCAGCAGAUGCUUAUCGCAGACCAGCUCCUGCCCUUGGUGGACUGUGCCCUGAGGAACCCUAGGCUGCAGGGCGGCCCUCUUUUCUACCAUGUAACGGACAUGCUGGUUUCCUGGGAGAAACGAGCAGAUUCUGCAAGUGAUAGCGUCUCGGGGGACAGUUUCCAGAGGCUCCUGACAGACUUCUGGGAGGGGCUUAUGCGCCUCUGCGUGCAGCAGGUUGACAGGACUGACGCAGAGGAAGGCGCGCUCUCCGGCAUCUCGACCUUACUGCAGGCCAUGCAGAACCCAGGGGGGACCAGGAAGCAGUCCAAAAAGAAAGCGGUGAGGAUUUGCUUCUCCGGUCUGGAAGGCUCCGACGGGAAGGAGGGGGAUGUGAAAGAUCAGCCAGUAGAAGAGGAAGGCAAGCAUGUGCCGCUGUGCUCCGAGCAGUUGCCUCUGAAAUCGGGGCAUCUGGAAGAACUUGUGUGCCAGCUGGCAGAACUGAACAUGGUGUACGUGAACGAGCAGAACUCCGAAAAACACCUGAAGUUCCUCUCCUUGCUCGUCGGUUCCUUCUCCUCCCGAAGGCUCUUUGAAGUGCUCCUGGACACCCACAAUCGGAUGGAAGGAAGGGUCUUGGGGCAGGGUGGUGAGCCAGAGAACUGUGGUGAGCUACAGAGCGCAGUAGCUCAGAACCCAGCCGUCCAGUUUCUUUUGCAGAAAGUAAUCAUGUGGCUCAAACAAGACCAUAGAAAAGACACUGAUUUCCUAGUCAAUAUGGUGUUUAGUGUUCUUCACUGCUGCAGCACCAAGGAGGAAAAAAGGCUCCUUUUGGAUCAUAUUACUAAGAUGGAUCUUAAAUGGGGAAUCCUACUUCAGAUCAUACAAAAGGCCUGCGCAGAUUCAGCAACGUUUGAAGCCACUUCAGGCUGGCUUAAAGGAGGAGUGCUGGGCGAGAAACUGGUGGUGCUGGCAGAGGCCCUGUGUGACACAGGGCUGAAAGAGAUCUCUGCUAUGAAGCCUAGCCAUUCAGACAGCUGGGCUCUAAUUAGCAUGGCGCUAUCACAGCACGUUCAAAAUGAAUCUCUUAUUGGCGAAGCCUAUGUGGAAAAAAUCAUCGAUAAGCUCCACAGCACUCUGACAAAAGCUAAAAAUCUGUCUGAUGCUGGUAACAUUGAGCCUCUGGUGUCCUUCAUCUGUGAUGUGGCCUCUAACUUUUUUGGCUCUGUGAAGGACUGCCUGCUGCUGUCGUCGGCCGAGGAGCUUCUGCUCACUUUAUUUCAGCUGUGUGCACAAGGACAGGAAAUUACUCACCUGUCAGAUUCGCUCCUUCAGAAGCUUAGCCACACUUGUUUCACUGGAGUGCACUCGUUGGUGAGCUGUUUGGACACAGAUUUUAAUGAAGGGACCUUCCUGCACAGUGCUGCACUUUGGGUCAAGAAACAAAUUCUGAAUUCAUCUUUUGGUGUGAAAAGCCUACAAGUACUUGUUUCUGCUGUGCAGAGUUUGGCAGAAACCCUCAUAAAGGCCAAUAAAUCCAGUCAUAAGAUUUUGGAAAAAUUCCUUUCUUGUUUAACACCCACUGAUUUGGAAUGGAAGAUGAUGAGACUGGCACUGCCUCCACAGUGGUUGAAAUAUCCUCUGCUAUCUGGGAGGCUGCGGGUAAAUUGUGAAUAUCCGUGUUUGGAGGUGUGGAAGUUUCGUGCCUCUCUUAAGGUUCCCAGUCACCUCUGUGCCUCAGCUCUGCUGGGCCGAAUCAUCUUCACUUCUUCAAGCUUGGAAAGCUUUCAUGAGAAAGACUCUCUUCAUCUUCCGGACGUGAAGCGCACAGUCUCAGAAAUCCUUUAUGCCCUACAGUGGUGCGAAGAAAUGGAAUAUUCUCCUACUGUUGUAUCGGAAUAUCAUGGAAUACUUCAAGAAAUGAACAUAACACAAGACAGAAUUAGUAGAGAGAGUGGAGCAUGGUGUGACGUCCUUGAAACACUGUAUUCUAGGUCUUUGGAGGAAGGCUCGUUGUGGGCCCUGACUCUGGCUAAAUACAUCGAAAGAAGAGGCCCCAGGAAUUAUGAUAUUCAGAACCUAUAUGGAACAGUAGAGAGCUUCUUCCCACUGACCGAACAAAACAUCUCUACCAUUCAAGGCCUCUGUUCGUUCCUGUCAAGAGAUGAACAGGAGUCAUUAGUGGCUCUCUCCAUUGCGGAGCUUCUGAGGUGGCAAGAGACUAGUCUCUCCAGCAUUCAAAGUGGCCGUGGAUGCCUAGCUGUCCUCCACUGCUGUUUAAGAAGUGAAAUCACUGUAGACCAGGAGGUCUUACUGGCAUUUCUUACCACAAUGAUGGAGUGGAGAAACAGAAAAGAGGAGUCAUUUCUCUUUAAUGUUGACCUAAAGGAGGCUUCUCCAGAACUCUUGGCUCUCAAUGUAGAAAUGAUUCGCUUCCUGUGUUGGCUGUCAAGUCACUCUCCAUCUUUUCUGAAAGAUUCUCAGUGGGAUUUUAUCCUCUGCUCAAUGCUAGCUUGGCUGGAGACUGCAAGUGAGAACACUUCACUGUAUUGGAAUCCUUGGGUACAGCUGUUUGUGUGCCAGACAUGUGACUUAAUUGUGGCUCUGAGUGAAUUUUUCACCGCUCCCCCUGCAGCUAUGGUGGAGCUCCUCCCAGUUAACCUGAUGAGCGAAUGGGAGGAGUUCUUUGCUGAGGGGGUGCAUAGCCUGCUUCUACCGUUGCUGGUAAAGAUCACAGAAGAGUUUACUGAACCAGAUGAUCCCCUCUUCCCUCUUCCUGUACUGAAGGCUUUAGGCGAUGCCCUGAGUUAUAUUCCAGUUCAGCAACUGAUCCAAAAUAAACUGCCUCCCAGGUUUAUAGCAGGACAGAGAACAAACCUGCCAGAUAAAUUACAGACUUUACUUAACACUCUUGCCCCACUCCUGCUGUUUAAAGCCAGGCCUGUCCAGAUCACAGUCUUCCAGAUGUUGAACAAGGUGAUGCCUCAGCUUCCAGAGUUUGACAGUGAGAGUGACAGUGCCAGGUCUGAGGAUGACGAGGGCGAAGAGCCAUCUUUGUCACCACCUGCUGCUCUAAUGUCAGUGUUUGCUGCGACUGAAGAACUGCUAGAUAACAUUCUUGGGGGUGUCCAGGUCGGAGAAUUUGCAGUUGUCCAGAGCUUAAGUGACGAGUAUUGUUGUAUAUUGGGGUAUCUGCUGACCUGGAAGUUGGUUCUGACUUUCUUCAAAGCUUCUUCCUCUCAUUUGAGGGUGCAGUAUUCUCUCUAUUUGCGGAAAAGCAAAUCUCUGAACAAGCUGCUCUUCCAUCUGUUCCGCUUGAUGCCGGAGAACCCAGUGUAUCUGAGCCAGGCGGUAGAGCCAGGGAACAAGGACAGCAGGACCUUCUUCACAGAGAGCCUCCUCCUGUCUGUUAGAGAAUCAGAUGGCUUGAAGUGGGAGAUUCCCCACCUGGCAUGCUCCGUCUACUACAGCACAUUGAAAGACCUGCCAGCAAUGGUCCGGCUUUGGUGGAAUGGUCAGGAGAAGCGCAUCUUCAACACCGUCGAUAAAUUUACCAGCAAAUAUGUGAGCAGCGUGCUGUCCUCCCAGGAGAUUACAUCCGUGCACACAAGCACGCAAACAUUUGAGAGCAUGACAGUAAAGGCACGCUCUGCCACCCGAGAAGUGAUCGCGACCUACUCAGUGGAUGACAUUUUCAUCGAGCUGGUGAUCCAGUUGCCGCCCAACUAUCCGCUGGGCUCUAUAUCGGUGGAAAGCGGGAGGAGAGUCGGGGUUGCUGUUCAACAGUGGCGCAACUGGAUGCUCCAGCUCAGUACUUACCUCACCCAUCAGAACGGCAGCAUCAUGGAAGGCCUCGCACUCUGGAAGAACAAUGUCGACAAGCGCUUUGAAGGAGUGGAAGACUGCAUGAUCUGCUUUUCCGUUAUCCAUGGCUCCAAUUAUUCUCUUCCGAAGAAGGCCUGCAGAACUUGCAAGAAGAAAUUCCAUUCCGCAUGUCUGUACAAGUGGUUCACUUCAAGUAACAAAUCGACAUGCCCCCUGUGCAGAGAAACCUUCUUCUAAUGUAUGCAUCUUGAAAAAAAACAAGAAGAGCUUUCUGCUGUCUGCAUUUGUAUAUUUGUAAAUAAUUUAUUAAGUAAACCAGUGUAUCUGUUGUAACACAAGGACAAUGUAACUUAGGAGUUUAGAAGGUAUGACUUAUCACAAACUAAGAAGCAGUGCUUCACUGGAAAAGAUUGGACUGAAUUAUGCCAGAGUUUUGCCUUAAGAGAUGAGUUGAGCCAUAAAAUCUACAGGAAGAAUCAAUCGUUUAAGACUAAAAAAAUGUACAUGCCUCCUUCAUUGUUUGUCACUUCUGGCUAGUGAAAAGUGCAAGCUGCAUAAACCAGCGAGAAUUUCCAACAGUGCUCCUUUCCUGAGCAAUGAUGAUCUGGAUGAUUAAACAGUACAAAUGUGAUCGAAAUUGGAAAGAACUUUCUUUUUUUUCUGAGAAUUGGAAUUGGUAUGCUUUAUGUAGCUUCAUACCUUUUAAGACAAUAAUCGUCAGAAAAUUAAAUGUUUACAAAAAUUUUUUCCAACAUAACACACACCCACAGACAUAUAUACACACAUGCAUGUUUUCCUAACGAAAAUAAUCAGUGAACUUUUCCAAGCUGAUGAAAUCUGAAAGACUGUACCUGUGACGUGUGGUUUGAAUCUUGUCAGCAGGGGUGAUUUUUACAACUGAAAUUUGAGUCCCUUUGUAGUGUAACCAAGCUAUUUAUCAGUUACAAUACAUAGACAUCAAACUUUAACAUGUUGGAGUGCCUCAAUGCCAUGCAAAUGGGAUUAUGGGUUGGGCCACAGAGUUUAGAUGUUAGUGGCACAUUAACCAUAAUUCCUUCCUUAUAUGGAAGUUCUUAAAUGUUGGUGUUUGCAGCUGGGGAAUGAUGAGAGGGAAAUGACUAGGACAUCCUCAACUGUGACAGUGAACACUGUAUCUUGCCAGACAGCUGUGAGCUUGCAGUUUUACUGGAAAGAGCCUGAGCCCUAGCUCUCUUCUUGCAGGUUCUCUUGGCUCACAGCCUGAGUAAGAAGUAAAUGGCUUGAUGCAUUUCAGAUUUCAGGUCACUUACAUCCUUGAUACCUUUCCCCUUUGCAGUUCUGUUUGUGGUGGAUGUUCCUGGCACAUAAUAAAAAACAAACUUUGAGGUUUUUUAAACAAAAGGUCUCUGUACAGGAGAUCAGAACAUUACACCUCUUAUCUGAUUUUGCAGAGCAGCUCUUGAGGAUCCUGAAAGAAUCUGCAAGAUAACGCCAAGAGGGUUUUUUUUAGGUGCAGAGGUACAUUAGGUAUUGCACGAAUAAUACUUGAUGUAUUGAACUCUCGAGCAAGGCUUUUUUAGAAGACAGUGUUGUCAAGAUGAAAACUGCUCUUGAUCAACUCAUGCAAGGCCAAGAUAUUGUUUAAACUGUAAAUAUUUAAUACUACCACUGAACAUUCAGAGUGAAAAGGUGAUUUGGAGGCUACAAAUUUGAUUGUACUUUUUAAAGAUCAAUACUUUUUAUCUUACUGUUUUGUUUUCUUGCCUUGGAAAGUAUUACUAUGAAUAAACAAUGGAACUGAAUGAACACUG